AUGGCGGAGUACACGGAAGAGUUGAGGCAAGCCUUGAGGAACUUCAUCUAUAUACUUAGUGUCCCAGAAACUGUAUGUUCCUCUGGUGUGUUUGAGUUGAAGAUCCAUUCAUUCAACACGGCGCAGCGCAUCUGCAGGAGACACAGGGACUGCCAUAUAUUUUUCAGGAUUUGCCUAAAACACCCGGAGGAUGUGAUCUCCGCAGAGCCUCCUUGCACCUUUGGCACCGGACACACCAACGUUAUCAGGGCCGACCACACCUCCAUCUCAAGCAGCGCACCCAUCCGCGUGCCUUUCCACUUCAAGUGGCCGGGAACAUUUUCGUUGAUCAUUGAAGCUUGGAACGCAGAAUCCCCCACUGAAUACACAGACAACCAAAACAAUCUCGUGAGCCGCCUGGCGACCAAGAGGAGACUGGCCAUCGGGGAGGACUGGUCCCAGGACGUGCACUUUGGCGAGCAGAGCGAGUUGCGCUACUCUUACCACGUCUUCUGCGAUGAGUACUACUUCGGAGACGGCUGCGCAGAAUACUGCAGACCGAGGGACGACACACUGGGUCACUACACCUGCGACGAGGAGGGCAACCGCAUCUGCCUGGAGGGCUGGAAGGGAAACUACUGCUCUGAGCCCAUCUGCUCGGCUGACUGCAAUGAGAAGCACGGCUACUGCGAGGCCCCAGGGGGCUGUACGUGUCGCAUGGGCUGGCAGGGCCCCUCCUGCACCGAAUGCGUCCGCUAUCCUGGCUGCCUCCACGGGACGUGCAACCAGCCGUGGCAGUGCAACUGUCAGGAGGGCUGGGGGGGCCUCUUCUGUGACCAGGACCUCAACUACUGCACCAACCACAAGCCCUGUGCCAAUGGUGCCACCUGCACCAACACAGGACAGGGCAGCUACACCUGCACCUGCAGGCCUGGCUUCGGAGGCACCAACUGUGAGUUGGAAACCAAUGAGUGUGACAGCAACCCCUGCAAGAACGGAGGCAGCUGCAAUGACCUGGAGAAUGACUACUCAUGCACCUGCCCUCAGGGCUUCUAUGGAAAGAACUGUGAGAUCAUCGCCAUGACGUGUGCAGAUGGUCCCUGCUUCAACGGUGGCACCUGCGUGGAGACGAUGACCGGAGGCUACACCUGCCGCUGCCCCCCCAGCUACACCGGCUCCAACUGUGAGAAGAAGCUGGACCGCUGCAGCAACAGGCCCUGUCUGAAUGGAGGCGAUUGUCUGGAUCUUGGUCAGAGCAUCUUGUGCCGCUGUCAGGCAGCCUUCACCGGCGCCAACUGCCAGAUCAACAUCGAUGAUUGCGCCUCAAGCCCCUGUCAGAAUGCCGGAACCUGCCAAGAUGGUGUGAACGACUACACCUGCUCCUGCACCCUGGGGUACACUGGCAAGAACUGCAGUGUACGCUCAGACGCCUGUGGCGCCCGUCCGUGCCAGAAUGGUGGCACUUGCUUUACCCACUUCACAGGACCAGUAUGUCAGUGUCCUAAGGGCUUCAUGGGUCCAAGUUGUGAGUUCACGCUUCAGCCCAGUUUCAAGCCAGCUUUGCGCCAGGCCUCCCAACCAUCCUCCGCCACCCUCACCAUCUCCUGCAUUCUGGCUGUUCUGGUGCUGGUUCUGGUGGCAGGCAUUAUCUUCUUGAGGAGGAGGAGGAGACUGCAAGGUAGGAAGCAGCUGAACGACAGUGCAGUUUACAAUGACCUGGAGACGGUCAACAAUGGGGGAGGAAGCGAGAGAGAGGCCUUCCUGGGACCAAACGGCAUGUUUAAGAUAAGUAACAGCACAGCUCGCCUCAGCCUCUCCCUCUGCCCAGACGGCAGAUCUGGGUACAGGCCCAGCCCCGUGGAGAGCAGCAUGGCCAGAGGUGAGCGUCCGGACUUCAUGUGGAGGGACGAGGCCGGCCUGGGCUCUGGAGCAGGCCUGAGAUAAAGCAGAGAGUAAACAUGGACAUGGAAACAGGGGAAGGAGAAAAUUAGCACUUGUUACGCCUCUCUCUUUGUGCACCAUGAGCACAUGACGUGAGCGGGAUUCAUUAUCUGAAUACUGCUCUGGUCGUGCUGGAGAUAAUACACCUUAAAAAUGUAAGAAGAGGCAAAAUAUUGACAAAUGAACUAUUCUGAUAUGUUUGUUUUACAAAGAUUAUAAAACUAUACAGGGCAAAGCUCUUUCAUGUUUAAGACCCAAAGAGACAAAUAACGCAUCCCACUUUUCAUAGGACCUACAACACAAACCAAAUACAGGAAGUCAAACCGUUGGAAAACCUGCCCAAAAAAAUGUUUUAAUGGGUUAUUGUCUUUAAUAUGUUCACUUUGUUUAAUUGUUGUUGUUUUAAAAAAAGAGAAUGUUUUGUUUCACUUUUCAAUCUUCCUUUCAAUCCCCCAUUUUUUCCUUAUUGUGCGUACCAUCAUUUUUUAACUUUAAUAUUAUUUAUUUAUUUGAAACCUUGCGUUUAUCACUUCACUUUGAUUGUCACAGAUGUAGAGAUAUAUAUAUUUAUAUGAUGCUGAAUGAAUACCGAUGCUUGAUGUUGUUGUAUGUCAACUGUUCUAUGAGCUGUGCAGGCUGGUGUGAAAUAUCCCAAAGAUAUUCAGAGCAGGGAUAUAAAGGAAAAUGUGAUUUACCACACAAGAGACAGCCAUUACUUUAAUUUAAAUAUAUAUAGCUUAUAUAUACUACUGAUCACAUUGCUCUUUCAUGUGCCAUUUUGAUUUCAUGCCAAAGUUUGUGUUAUGUUCCAUGUUUUCAUUCACAUUAUUUAAUUUCAU